UGUUGUGUUACUACGGCGACCAGUGAGCGUCAGAGUUUCUGUACGCCAAGUAAAAAGUUCUGGCUCUUCUCAUUAUGCAAGUUAACUAGCUAGCUUGGGUAGCCUAAAGACAUUUUCCCAUUCUCAGAACCCACCCUCUUUCUAAUGACCUAAACAUGAGCUCCCGAAAAAUGACAUCUUCUGGGAAGGCUGGAGCCAAGGCACCCUUAAAGAGAGCAACUCAAACCUCAAAGACCGGAGCAUCUCCACAAAGCAGAAUGAGCACCAAGGUGGCACAAGGUGGCCAGUCCAAAAGCACAGCUGACAAGUCCAGAGGUGUUACCCCCUUGACAGAGACAGUGCUCACAACACUAUCAAAGAAAAAUGUGGAGCUGAGGCGAGAGCAGCAAGCUGCAGUGACCAUUCAGUGUGCUGUAAGGAGGCUGCUGGCCAAGAGGGAACUAGAACGAAAACAGAAAAAAAAGCAGGACUAUGAGGAUCUAAUGGAACGCUUGGAGAAAGAGGCUUUUGUGGCAAUAGUGCGAAGGAAACAAGAGGAGGCACAGCAAGAGAAAAGGAAGGAGGAGGAGGAGAGAAAGAAGAAGAAGGAAGAGCAGUUCCUUCAGAGACGCCUUCUGGAAGCAGCUUUUGAUGGGGAGACAGAAGUGGUCUUAACAGUUCUCAAGGAAGCAUCUGAGAGGGACACACAGCGUGGCCUUGGGGUUGAGAAAACAAGCAAACGCCAACAGCUGCUCAAUCAGCUCCGCAUGAUAAAUAUCACGGAUGCCAACGGCAACACGGCUGUGUCGGAGGCAGGAGCAGGGGGUCAGCCUGAGGUCAUCACUCUAUUGGUAAAGAGAGGUGCAGACGUUAACACACAGGGUGCGUUUGGACGGACACCAAUCUUUAGAGCUGCCUUUGGGGGUCACCUUGCGGCAGUGCAAACCCUUCUGCAGUUGGGGGCGGACCCAAGAAUCUACGCAGAUGAUGGCAGCACCCCAGCGCAGGUGGCAUCUGGUGAGGCCUUGGUAUCAAUCCUAGAAGGCUGGGACCUGAGCAUCACUGACUGCAUGCUAAAAAAUAUGAGGGAAAAACAACAGAGGAGCACUGAGGAGGAGCAAAAGUUAAAGGAGGCAGAGACUGACUGUUUGACAGGAGAGGUGGCGCAGCUCCAGAAAAAGUAUGAGCGAUCCCAGAGAGAGGCGCAGAAGGCCAAUGUAGAGCUGAAUAAGCGGAUUACAGAGCAUAAUAAAUGUCAGAGGAAGGGUGUGGAACAAGCAAAAGUCACAUUGCAGGUGGUUCAUGACACAGAGGAUGUAUUUAUGAAGACUCAAAUGGCUGCUCAGCUGGCUGCUGAUCAACUAUCCCUCGCUAAACUGACACUGAGAGAGCAGUCAGGUGGAGAUGCUGUUGUUGCCCAUGGGAGGACUUGUUGCUUGGUUCGUGAUCUUAAUGACGUUCUUCUCAAAGACGUGGGAGACAAGAUCAAACAGGAUGGCAGAUGGCCUCUGCUUGUGGAUCCCUCUGGUCAGGCUGCCACAUUUCUGAGGUACAGAGACACUAACUACCUGGAUGCCAUGAACCCUGAAAACAUGCAGCCUGAGAAACUGAGGAUGGCUCUGUUAGGGGCCAUCAGGUUUGGAAAGCACCUGGUCAUUAAUAUGAUGGAGGUGGACUUGUUUGAAACUGUGAAGAGCCAGUUGGAGGAUGUGAAGCCAGGGCUCAGUGCACAGCUAAUGAACAAGGAGCUUUUACAGGAAGAGAGGUACCUGAGUCUAGUACAGUCCUCAGAUGGACCCCAGUAUGCAAAAACUGAGUUCAGGUUAGACUGGAUUGAGAAAUUCAGGCUUGUCCUGGUGACAAAACAGCGCCACCCCUCGGAUUUCUUGCUCACAGCUUUCUAUCCCAUUGAGGUUAUGUUGCCUGAGUCAAGACUGUAAUAUAAUUGUCAAUUUCAUACAGCACACUGCAGGAAAUGGUAUAUUUAAAUGCAAAAUUGAUCAUAACAUGUCUAAACGUGUGUACAUCAGUUAUAUUAAUAAAACAACACAUUUCACACA